UUUUUUUUUGGUAUAAGUGUUACUAAAAUGACAUUUAUUUAAAAAAAAUAUUUUUACUUAUAAAAUUUUUAAUUAAAUAUCUUAGAACAUCUUUUAUAUUUAAUUAGUUAUGUUGAAAAAUCUUACUAAUAAAUGAAUUUAAGGUCAUAGUUAUUUUCCAAGAAUGUUAAAUUCCAUAGACCGUGACCGUUGGUGCAAUUAUAGACUCGAGAGAAAGUGAUCAGAGUACAAGGUAGACCCAGUUGAAGUAUAACUGAAUAAGAUGUCUUUUUUACGAGGUUCUACAAAUUAUGUGUGGUGUACAACAAGUGUACUUGGUAAAGGUGCUACAGGUGCUGUUUACCAAGGUGUUAAUAAGCAUAAUGGAGAACCUGUUGCUGUUAAAACUUUUAAUCAACUUAGCCACAUGCGGCCUCUUGAUGUACAAAUGCGAGAAUUUGAAGUUCUUGAAAAAGUCAAACAUGAAAAUAUUGUUAAAUUAUUAGCUAUUGAGGAAGAACAUGAAAGUCGUGGAAAGGUUAUUGUUAUGGAACUUUGUACUGGGGGAAGUUUAUUUACAAUACUUGAUGAUCCUGAAAAUACAUAUGGCUUACAAGAAGAUGAAUUUUUAUUAGUUUUAGAACACUUAACUGCUGGAAUGAAACAUUUACGAGAUAAUAAUUUGGUUCAUAGAGAUCUUAAGCCUGGAAAUAUUAUGAAAUUUAUCAAUGAUGAUGGUCGACCAAUUUAUAAGUUGACAGAUUUUGGAGCUGCUAGAGAACUACAUGAAGAUCAAGAAUUCAUGUCACUUUAUGGAACUGAAGAGUACCUUCAUCCACAUAUGUAUGAACGAGCAGUUUUAAGAAAGCCUGUAGCAAAAACAUUUGGCGCCACAGUUGAUCUAUGGUCGAUUGGUGUUACAUUAUAUCAUGUGGCAACUGGAAAUUUACCAUUUAGGCCAUAUGGUGGACGUCGAAACAAAGAAACAAUGCAUUACAUAACUACUGAAAAAGCAUCUGGAGUUAUUUCUGGAGUUCAAACAUCUGAAAAAGGUUCUAUUACGUGGAGUAGAGAAUUACCCAAAAACUGUCAGUUAAGUAAUGGUUGUAAAAAGUUGAUAACUCCAAUACUUGCUGGUCUUUUAGAAUUAGAACCUCAAAGAAUUUGGAGCUUUGAAAAAUUUUUUACUGAAGUUACAAAAACAUUAGAUAGAAAACUUUUACAUAUUUUUCAUACUAAUCGUAUUCAAAAUAUUAGAGUAUAUUUACAUCCUGAUGAAACAUAUGAAAGACUUCAAUAUCUUAUUCAAGAACAAACAGAGAUAUCUCCUAGUAAUCAAAUACUUUUGUAUAAAUCUACAUACUUACUAUCUGAAGUUGGUUAUGAUCUCCCUGGAAGAUCAUAUAAACCAACUGAAACUCAUAAGCCUAUACUUUUAUUUAGCAAAGAGAAUAACAAUAUUACAUUAACAUUAGAUGGUGAUCUACCUAAUUUCCCAAAGUUUCCAGAUAUGUCUUUACCAAAACUUACAUCUGUAGAUAGUGAUGCAGGGUUAGCUAAAACUGCUUGUAGUGUUGGACAUGUCUGUAAAAAACGUAUUGAAAAAUUAUCUCAAAAUAGCCAAUUAAUUAGUAAAUCUGUCCAAGUUUUCACAAAAGUUGUAACAGAUAAAUUAAGAAAUGUUUUAGCUAAAAGUGAAAACUUGCAAAAUAUGUUAAAAUGUUCUAAAUACAUAGUAGAAGUUUCUUUAAGAAGUCACAAAAGUAUGAAUAAUAUGAUUGGUAUUAAAAAUACUUUCAUUAACAUUAAAGAAGAAUUAGAAGCAUAUAGUGAUGAAUUAAAUAACAGUCUAAGCUUAGCUAUACAACAGUUAUAUCAGCGUUAUGUUAAAGAAAAAACAUUGACUAGAGAAUGGCAUGCAGCAACAAGAGCUCUUAAGUGUCCAAAUAAAUACAGAGCACCUGCUAGAAUAAAAACACUCGUAGAAAGAUUAAGAGAUUCAUGGCAGCAUUUGCUUAGAGAUCGUGCUACUAGAAGUUUAACUUAUAAUGAUGAACAAUUUCAUGUAUUGGAAAUAAUUAAGGUAACUGAAACAAGUCGGCGUGCUCGAACAUUAUUAGAAAAUGAAGUUCAAUCUAUUGUUACACAAUUAGCUGAUUGUAUGGCUGACUGGUAUAAAAUGGCUCAAACUGUAUUUUUACAAGCACAGAUACUUGACAAAGAUUUUGAUACUUUUGAGCAUAAACUUUACAAUUUUAUUGAACAUGCAAAUGAAGUAGAUGAAACUUUUCACAAUGGAUUAAUAAAUGUAGCUAAAGUUAAAUUUACUUCAAGCGGUACUAAACAUGCAGGGCGUAUUAGUGUGCAAGAUAUCCAAGCCCUUAGAGCAAGUUUGAAAGGUUUACGUGAUUUUGAUGAUCUUGUAUCAGAUAUAAAAAGUAAUAAUGAAAUGCUCAAACAUAUAGGAGACACUAAUAAGUUACGUGAUUGUUAGAGUUAUAAAAUUUUUAAUAUUUAUUUAUUUUACUUUUGUAAAUAUUUUAGUUUAACUGAACAAAGUCUUCUUAAUAAAAUACAAAUAAAAUUUAAAAAAUUUAUUUAGAUGUUAUAUUAUCAUGUAAUA